AUGGGUAGUGUCAACGCGGUCGGGGCCCCCCUGGGCGCUUCGCCCAGGGCGGGGCCCAAAAAGGCGAGGGGACGCAUGUGGCUGGCGGUUGUGUGGUUCAGUGUUGCCGCCAUGACGGUCAGCUACCGAUAUCCAGACACGGCGGGGACCUUCCACAGUAGUAUCAAGGCGCUCAUGACUUCCUACGAAACGAUGGACAGCAAUACAGCAGACAUACGAACAGAAAACACCUUUUACGGGGUCCUUACACACGCGCUGGGCUUCUUGGAAACGUAUUCAAAGAAGGCAGAUGCGGCGGGAUACCCAGAGGACAUGUUGCCGGUCACGGAGUACGACAGGGUCCUGUUUGCCCGCAUGGAGGUGGAUUUCAAAUCCAAUUGCCUGAAGGAGUACGAGAAUUUCAGGCUGUCGUGCUACAAGUCCGGGAUCGAUCCCGGUACGGGCCUGCAGCUGAGUGCUUCGGAGCUGGAGCAGCUCAGCGGGGGCGAACGGGGAGUUCGAAAGAUCGAGUUGCUCAACCCUGGCAUGACGCGGGCGGACCUCCGGGCGAGAAUACAGCAGCUGGUUGACAGGGAUCUGUUGUUCAUAUCAACCUACGGCUUCACCGCGUCUCUAAUGAUCGGUGUGGUGAAUAACGUGGCGGAUGGCUUCCGUACAGUUUACUUCUUCACCGUGACGAGGAAGAGCAACGACGCUAUCGGCUCACAGGUAGACGUGAUACAUUCGCUGCAGGACUUUGAUGCCGUACGCUCGUACGCGGACCUACAGCUGCAGCACCUAGUGUGGGGCGUCUUCACGGCCCUGCUGGUGGGGCUGCGGGUGCUGCCGCAUUUCAAAACCCAACCCGGUCUGCUCGUCUACUCCCUCACCCUCAAGCUCAGCUGGCACCGGCUGAAGGACCUACUACGUGCGUAUUUUGGUCGGGCUGUACGGCAUGGGGGGUGGUUUAAUGGGGAGAUGUACGUCUUCUUCGGCUACGUGUAUUUCGUGAUGACGGUCCUCAUCACCCCCCUGUUUGAGCUCACGGGCGCCAACACCUUGUUCAGAGACACAGGCACGGGGAUCCUCAAUGUGGCCCUCAUGACCUUUCAGUACAUGGGGUUUACUGACUUCUUCUCGUACAAUGCACCCACCUUUGGAACCUACUGGUACGCGAUGAUCUUCAUGUUCUUCUUCUGGGUGGUCGUACUCGUGCUGGUGGUCAUUUCUCAAAACGUGCUUCUCGCCUUGGUGGCGGGGGCGUACCACCGGUGGGUAUUGCGCGAGUCGCCGUACGAGUUGGCUGAGGGGCUGAUGACGUCACUCUCCCGCCCUGACAUGGCGUUCCACGUUCAUGUGUUUGCUCGCUGGGCCCUGGCGGACCUUCCGGAAAUGAGACUGCUCGCGCAGCUGUACACGGAACCAGCUUCAGAUAUUCUAUUCAUGUACAGCCCCUGGUCCUGGCACCGCAGCUCCCCAUUGGACGUUUCUCAGCAAGCCCCCUGGGACGAGCAACUCGAUUACCCGCUGUACUGCUGGGAGGAUGUACCGCUUGACGAGUCCGGGGAGGGCCCCCGGCUGCGGCGCCUGCCCCCCCUGUUUACCCGCGACCCCUCCGAGGGCCGCCCCGUCUCCCGGGGCAGACUACCCAUCACCUACAGCGAGGGGGAUGACUUGUUCGCAAUGACUGAAGAGGAGGUUGAUGACCUGCUGGACGCCGCCGAGUGGUGCUGGGGCCGUAUGAAGCAGCAGCCCUUGGUGGCCCGCUGUGCCGGACUGGGCUGGAGUGAUCGGGGACGUAAGCUCGUGCGGGAGGGGCUGCUGGAGGUGUACCGCAGGCAUAUGGUGCAGGAGAACACCAGCACCACCGUGGGGGAGGUGGGCUCAGGAAGUGGGCUGGUCGGGGGAGGGGGGGAGCCCACCAUCACCGCCGUCAAAGCCUCUGCAGUUCAUCAGGACACACGCGUACAUACACACACGGGCCUCAUGACGUCAUCCAGCGCCACCACCGGGGAGGCAACUCGCAACCGCCAGUUCUCGCUCUUCAACCGGCGUGGCCGCAUCGCGGAGAACUUGGACCUGCUGUGGGGGGAGGUUUCGGAGCUGCGCGGCGAAGUGAAGACGCUUCUGGAACUACUGAAAGACAUCUGCACACACCCCCACUCUGGUACCGAACCACAGGAAACAUAA